ACCUCACAUCACAUGGUGUACAUGCCAUGUGCUUUCAUGCUCAUACAUCGGGAUGUGACUCAUUUCUGUAUUUUCGAGGAUUAUAGAUCAUUGCAUCCUGACGAAUGGUGACAUCAAAAUGGUGGAACGCUGUCGGUUUCUAUCUUGUCGAUCCCAACUGAUGGCUUUUAAUUAUUAUUAACCUGAAAUGUUCAUGUUGGAGUUCCCAUAAGAGCAGGGAGACCUGGUGGCCUGUGAAGCGACGGGGGCCCACAUGCUUGCGGAGGGGGGGCCCCCGCGGGGACUGGCUCAGCGUCUGGUACCUCGACAACGCCAGCGCUUGCCUGCACUCCAGGGCCGCUCUAGCCUCAGCGUCUCCCGAACACACUAUGUGCUGGGUCGUCCGGAACCUCCUCUCCUUCUGUCCUGGGACAUCAGGGAAGACGUUGCACCGGGGGACUGGAUUGGACUGUACCGCACAGAUGAAACAGACCCUCUGCGCUUUUUGGAGCACAAGAACAAGCCAUGCCUGAGUGGGAAUUCCAAAGGCCAGGUGCUCUGGAACAUAGAUUGUCAAGACGCGUUUACAUCAGAGACAACAAACGUCUGCUUUCGGUAUUAUCACGGUACCAGUGGAAUCCUGAGGGCCGUGAGUCCAGUGGUGACUGUCUGCAGGUCGGCUGACAUCACUGGGACAGUGAAUGGCCAUGCAUCGGACAUCAUUGUCGGGUAUUCAUCCCAGCAGAUACCGACAGAGAUGGUCAAGUUUUACCUCACAAACCUUCAUGGACGCAACCUGAAAAAGGGGAUGUUCUUCAACCCCGAGCCGUACGUGAAGAUGUGUAUUCAGCCUGGCUUAGGGGAUGGGGUACUCCUCCUGCCCCAUCACGGCCAGGUGUGCCGCACGGGUCCGGCGGAGGCGACCGUGAACCCCUCGUGGAUGGGGCAGUUCGAAUUCAUUGCCUAUCCUUCGGACAUGCUGGAGUUCGAAGUGAAGGAUAAGUUUGCCCGUAGCCGUCCGUUGGUCAGCAGGUUCCUGGGCCGUCUGGGUGUGCACAUCUGGGACCUCCUGGAGCACACGUCCGGGAGCGGGCCUGUGGAACUGAGCUACAACUUGGCAAACAAGAGCCCGUCUGACCACGUUUCGGGACAGAUAUUUUUCACCUUUGUUCUGGAACACGGACCGGUGGACCCUUGGACACACAUUCGACAGGUGCACAACCCCAUCUACGUGUCCGACAUUCCAGACCGCUGCUGCUCCUCACCUCCUCCUCCCCCACCGCCUUCCUCUUCUCCCGAGCCUCCUCCCCCUCCCCCGUCCCCAACUCCUCCCCCGCCUCCCCAACAGCCCCCCGUCACAACCGCCAGGACUACCUCCCUCCCCGGCAACGCGAACCCUCCCUCGACCUCGUCGUCGUCUUCGUCGUGCUCUUCCGCUUCGGGAACGGAUUACCCAGAGCCGAAUCCGAGGAGGAAGAGCGUGCGGUCCAACAGUGAACACGGCCUCCACUCUCCUGCAGCAGCAGCUCCGCAGGCGGCAGCGCGCAGGCUCUCUCAGACUCCGCGGCCUUCUCAGGGUGCAGCGGCGCAACCGGGAACGGCGUUUGCCAAUUUGGAGUACAUACUUCAGGGUGGAAGAACAUCACAGGCUGGAAUUGACCUCCCUCCCCCCCUGCCACCGAAGCAGAAGGGGGCGAAGCACCGACCCCUCGAACGGUUGCACGCGCUCGGAAGCGCCGACGAAGUCCCUUCAACUUCCUGGAAGCACGCUCGACGGCGGCAGCAGGAGCCCCCCGAAUGCGAGCCCCCCGCUCCCUCCGACUCCGACGACAGCUCCGCGAGCGCCUCGCCCAUUGCCGGGGACUCCAGCCCUCCGCCGACCCUCCCCCGACGGACUAGACCCGUCGUGCUCCACGUCGGCACGGACGGAAGUCGCCCGGCCCCGCUUGCCACCCCCGAGCAGGACAGCCUCCACGAAAUCGGGGGCGCCCCGUCGUCCCUCGAGAACCUCAGCGGCGUGUUGGACGCGUUAGAGUCCGAAGACGAAGUGUCGGCCGCGGAAGAAUCUGUCCAGGAGUGCGACCGUGUGAACAGCGAACCCGCAAACGUCGAGUUCGACUCGCGCGGCCUGCGCAACUCUUCUUCGCCCGCGGCAUCGAGCAGCGAGGAAGCGUCGACUUUGAGUGCCAGUGAGGACGAGGACAGCGCUCUGCGGAGGCGACACCCUUCCGAGCAGCGUUGCCAUUCGGACUCAGAGUGCUCGCUGGCCAAGCCGCGGAGGCAGCACAACAGGCACAGUCGUAAUCAGGGCCGACUUCGCGCCCACGGCCAGAGAGAGGCGGCGUGUUCAGGCGUGCUGAUGCCGUACAGCCGUAGUGACCACAGCAGCCUGGUGCUCACUACAGCGAGGGAGUGCACGCUGGGUUCACCCGAAGGAGACCGUCCUCCCCCUGUGGUGCACGUGAGGAGGAUACAGCCUCCGUCUUUAAGUGAUAGUUACACCAACGGUGCAGGACUGAUUGGAGGCGAAUGCUCGUCACUUGCAAGUUGUAGUGCUACAAGCAGUGGACCUUCUACUGUGGAGCCAUCUCCAACAUCAUCAGGGGUCACGCCUGGUGGGCAGCAGCAGCAUGUUUCAACAACACGUUUGCCAUCGAUACCGGAGCGCACAAUACGCUACCAACGAGUUGAGCUGGACGAACCCCUUCCAUCCCACUGGGAAGCACGAAUUGAUAGCCAUGGGCGGAUCUUUUACAUUGACCAUCUGAAUCGCACGACAACGUGGAACAGACCCUCAGCAACUCAGUCGACAGCCAGUGGUCCGUCCAACGAACUGCAGAGGCAGCAGUUUGAUCGCAGGUACCAGAGCAUCCGGCGUACCAUGACAGCCCGACUCGCGGCUCCCGUGGUUGCGUCAGCCCCUCCUGCAGCGGAGGAGGUAGUUCCUACGGCACCACCUCCGAUGCCAAGUCCAGAUGGGCAGCGCUCUCUCCUGCGCUCUCCUGCCGUGCGAUUCGUCACACGCUCGGACUUCUUCAACGUGCUGCACAUGAAUGAUGAUGCCUUGGCUGCUUACAAUAGAAGUUCCUCCUUGAAGCACAUGAUAGCAAAGAUUAGACGAGACUCUAGUAAUUUUGAAAGGUAUCAGCACAACAGGGAUUUAGUAAGCCUUCUGAAUAAAUUUGCCGACAAAGCUAGAGAUCUGCCUCGCGGUUGGGAAACAAAGCUGGAUCGCUGUGGAAAGCAAUUCUUCAUCGACCACACGUCUCGAAGCACUACUUUUAUUGAUCCGCGACUGCCCGUGGAUGUGCCCUACGUCAAUCCGAGCAAACUCGUAGUCCCCCUGGUGAGACGACGAAGCCGCAGUGCCGGUGAGGACAAGACAGCGCGCACGGGUGCAGGAGGAGUUGGGGCUCGGGGCGGCCCCGUUCCCCCACCGCGACCUCCUUCGAGCACUUCCGGAGCUGCCAUGGCCUCUGCGACUCCAGUGCCAACUGCCUAUAAUGACAAAGUAGUGGCCUUCCUUCGCCAGCCGAACAUCCUGGACAUCCUCCGGGAGAGGCAUCCUGCCAUCACCUCCAAUGCAGGGUUACGCGAUCGUGUUCAUUGCAUACGUGCCGAGGGCACAUCGGCGCUUGGACGGCUCUCGCACGACCUCGAUCUCACUAUAUUGCUCAGCCUCUUUGAGCAGGAGAUUAUGUCCUAUGUGCCUGCACAGUACACGGGGAGUGGUUCUAGUCAUCGUUCUCCUAGGGACUCUCCACAGCCCUCUCCGCAAGCAUCACCUGGACUGCAAAGAGCCAACGUCAGGGCUCCUGCUCCGUACCGUCGAGACUUCGAAGCCAAGCUGCGAAACUUUUACCGCAAGUUGGAGUCUAAAGGCUAUGGGCAGGGACCCAGCAAGCUGAAGCUCAACAUUCGUCGCGAUCAUCUGCUGGAAGAUGCCUUCAUGAAAAUCAUGGCGGCGUCAAAGAAAGAUCUCCAGAAGUCACGUCUGUACAUAGGGUUUGCUGGGGAGGAAGGGUUGGAUUAUGGAGGUCCAUCGAGGGAGUUCUUCUUCCUCCUGUCGAGAGAACUAUUUAAUCCCUACUAUGGGCUGUUUGAGUACUCGGCCAACGACACUUACACAGUGCAAGUGAGCCCAAUGUCUGCCUUUGUGGACAACCAGCACGAGUGGUUCCGCUUCAGCGGCCGUGUCUUGGGGCUGGCGCUCGUUCAUCAGUACCUCCUCGAUGCUUUCUUCACGAGGCCGUUUUACAAGGCCCUUUUACGACUGCCUUGUUCCCUGAGUGACCUGGAGUACCUUGAUGCUGAAUUUCACCAGUCUCUGUUGUGGCUCAAGGAGAAUGACAUAACGGACAUGGGUUUAGAACUUACCUUCUCGGUUGUGGAAGACGUGGCUGGCCAUGUCUUGGAGAAAGAGCUAAAGCCAGGCGGAAAAGGCGUAGCUGUCACGGAGCGCAACAAGAAAGAGUACAUUGAGCGCAUGCUCAAGUGGAGGCUCGAAAGGGGAGUUUCUGAACAGACGGAGAGCCUCGUAAGAGGCUUCUACGAGGUGGUAGAUUCACGCCUAGUAGCUGUAUUUGAUGCAAGGGAACUGGAAUUGGUGAUAGCUGGAACAGCUGAAAUUGACAUAGCAGACUGGAGAAAGAACACAGAGUACCGUUCUGGGUACCACGAUAGUCAUCCUGUGAUACAAUGGUUCUGGAUGGCAAUAGAACGAUUUGAUAAUGAGCGCCGUCUGCGACUGUUGCAGUUUGUUACUGGCACUUCUAGCAUCCCCUACGAAGGGUUUGCUGCCCUUCGUGGAAGCAAUGGUCCCCGUAGGUUCUGUGUGGAAAAGUGGGGAAAGCCCACUAGUUUGCCCAGGGCGCACACUUGCUUCAACCGACUGGACCUCCCACCGUACAUGUCCUUUGACAUGCUGUACGAGAAGUUGCUCCUUGCCGUGGAAGAGUCGAGCACCUUUGGGAUCGAGUGAGAAGCUCACGGGGAAGAAACUAGGGGGGGAAAAAAAAUUUUUGCUAGCUUGUUUGUACGCAACAGGAAAGAACCUUACCGCCUUGUGGUAUGCUUUGAUUUUGUUGCCUUGAGCUAGCAGUGUGGCCACAGCAGUGCAUGUGUACUGACAAUCUGCUCACAAAUGCCUUCUUCCCUUGUCCAGGAUCCAUUUUUAUAUGUGUGUCUAAAAUGAAGAAUCAAAGAUGAUUUUUUUUUUUACAAAUUUGCCCAAUGACACCGGCAGGAGACACCGGAAAAAGAGAUUCAAAAAGAACGACAGCUAAACCUCCAUAUAACAAACUACAAGAAAGUUCAUUUCAUAUCAGUGGGCAGUGGUAUGCAUGACAUUCACUAGUUUAGGGUUGUGUGGCAUGCAUAAUGAUACUGAGUCAUAAAGCAUUCAGAAUUAUCAGGAAUAAAAAAAAAAAGAAAACAGUGGUCAGUGAGAUCAUUAUGGGCACAUUCAUAAGAUUAGUGCACCUUGCACUAGCAGCAUGGGCUAAAUAAAGAAAAACUUAUCUGUAGGUGGUGCCAGUAGGGGGAAACGUAGAACAUAAAAAAAUGAAACUGCUAAAUAUGCAAAAGUGAGGCAAAAGUGAUAUAUGUGACAUACGUGAAAGUCAGGCACAUGCCCUUGCCUGCACACCCUCCAUCACAUGAAGAGUGAGCAUGUGCAGGCAGUUCAUGAGCACAGAAAACUUUGAGACACAAGGCUUGUAGUAUCGUUGCGCAUGCGUAGAACUACAGAAACAAUGUGUAGAUGAAAACAAAGUCGAGUUUGAGGGUUGCCAUUAAUUUUUUUUUUCUUUCUUUUUUUUUGUUUCUGUUUCCUGCUGUGUCGUAUAUGAGAAUCGUACCUGCAUUCUUUAGCACAUGCCCGUCAUACCCCUUUGGCGGUGACGAGUAACUUCAAGAGGAAUUUGUUGUAUUGAGGUUUAGCUGUACAUACAUCCUCUUUUUGUUUGUAUUUUAGUGGCACAAUUCCUUUUUGAAUUCCCUUGCUUUUUAACUUCUUCUUCAGAUUAAUUUUACAAGAUUGCAGAAUGCAGCUUUACGUGAGAUGCACGUGUCCACAUGAGUUUCUUGCAACUGCCGUAACGCGUCAGCCUGCAGUAAAUGUUGGAGUUCUCGUAAAGUGUUUCAUUCAACAAGAAAGCCAGAGUGGCGUGUCUUCACGACCUCAAAAAGGAAGUGCAAUCCUUUAAGUGUCCUGCGUGUUUAACCACGUCCAUGUCUUACUGCACAGGUUACUGAUCGGUGAUGUGCAUCGGGCUGGCAGCCCAGAGAUCCAGCUUUGCAUGCAGGAGUAAAAAAAAAAAUUUCAUUAUACGUUAUCUUCUUUGGUGUGCCCUAUGAAACUGUUUUAGUUGGCAGGAGCAUUUUCUGUUGAGGCUGGGCACUGUUAUCAUCAUUGAUAUAGUAUUUGAAGUGUUAAAGGAGCAUGGUAUGGGUAGAGCCUUGUGUUUUGGGGCUAAACUUGAUAAAACCAGUAUUUGCACCUGGA